UUUUGAUAAAGAUCCAUUGGAUUGAUUUCUCUCUUUCUUUUUAUGCUCCGAAUAUGCAUGUUGAUACCCUGGCUAUCUCUCUCUUUUUCUUUUAUUUUUUUUUCUUUGUUUGAUACAUAAACAUGCCAGCUACAGAACUUCCUCUUUAUCGUUCUUUUUUAAAAGUUUUACAAAAAUGGCCAGUAGAUAAAGUGAGACCUAACCGCGACUUGAAGCAAGUGCUGACAAAACGUAUCGAAGAAACCUUUCAAACCGAAAAAAUAAAUAUGGUCCAAGUAGAAAACGAAUUUAAAGCAUUGGAAAAACUUGUUAAUAACGAAUUCAAAACAAAGGUGAGGAAAAAAAAAAGAGAAUAAGACCAAGAGCGUAUAUUUACCUCCAAGGGAUCAUAUUUAGUAUCCAUUAUCAGAAAGAAUU